AUGGACUUGAAGGAGAUUGUCGUAUACUUCGUCGUGUUCUGCUCCUCUCUGGCGGAAGCGAUUCGGUGCAAAUGCACUAAAGAAUCGGAGACUGUUUCGUGCGUCGACGGAGUCUGCGAGAUGGAGGCUGGAUCAUGCCUGAUGUUAGAUCAUCCCACGCUUGGAGUUCACUACACAUGUCAUAGUAAGCUGCAGAAGGACGGAUUCUGUCGAGAAAAAACAUCGAAAAGCGGAGCUGUUGUGAGGAUUUGCGGUUGCAAUUCUGAUGACUUCUGCAACUAUUCCUAUUGGCCAGACAAGUCAGCUCUCGCUUCGCCGUUGCCGCAACGCCAGCCAGUCGAAGAACGUAUACGGGACUUCGUGAAGAAAUUUGACGCUCUCGGCUCUGGUCCAACGGUUGUCGUUAAAGCGCAUCAUGUGUCCGGCCCACCUUAUUUUACUUUCCUUGGCAAACGCAGCGUCUCUAAUCUUCGAUCGCUGACGUAG